AUGACUCCGCUUCACUUUAGCGUCCUGACUGCGUUAUGUGCCGCGGUUCACGGCUUUCCCCACAACGGGAUUCUAAAAGACUUUGAAGCAUCAGGCGGAGAUGUGGACGAACCCUCACGGGGGAUGGUCAAAGUGUUCAAAAUCAGCCCUCAUUUCCUACAGCAGCCCGGUUCUCCACAGAGGGCACCUGGCCUUCGCAGCGGCACGGCCCCCAGGAGCCCUUUUCCGGCCUUCCUGGCUCUGGGGCGCCCGGGUCCCGGUGAGCCGAGACAGGGAGCGGCGCUCGUGGCUCCACACAAGCGCCUGGAAGCCAACGUGGGCCCGGAGGUGCUUAGCAGGCACGGGCUGGACAUGUGGCGGAGAGCGAUGGAGAAGAGCAGCCAGGGCAAGGAAGCACUGCCGUUGCCCGGGAACGUGAAGGACGCCUCCAGACAGAGCUGCUCCACAGUGCCCUUCGUGCAGCGGGUCACCGAAGUGGGCUGUGACGCUGUCGCCGUGCCCAACAAGCUGUGCUUCGGCCAGUGCAGCUCGCUCUUCGUGCCGCCCGGCGCGGGUGCCCGCGGGACGCCGUGCGCGCGCUGCGCCCCGUCCAAAGCCCGCUACGCUACGGUGACGCUGCGUUGCCGGGCGACGGCGCAGGCGCGCGAGAAGCACGUGAUGCUGGUGGAGGAGUGCAGGUGCGAGGCGGGGCGCGAGGCGGGGCGCGAGGAGGAGCGCGCGCGGGAGCCGCAGCUGCACUUCUUCAAAGACUGA